AUGUAAUAAAAUUAAUUAGUAUAAACUGAAUAAAACAUACAACAAUAAACCUAAUCUGAUUAUGAGCAUCUCUCUCCUAAAUAUAAUUAAUUGAAUUAAUAAAUUACAUCUGUCAAAAAUAAAAAAUAACAAUUGGUCAAAAAAUUACAAUAAGUUCAUCGUCAUUAGAAGAUUUUUACAGAAUUUAAUUUGAUGUAUCACUAACCAUCUUAAAAACUUAUCUCUAGUCCUAUUGAAGGUAGAGCUUUAUUGAAUAAUUUAAUAUUUCCAAGCAAUUCAAAAAUGUUAUUAAAUCUUAUAGAUUUAAGACAUGAUCAAACUAAAUAAAAAGAGAAUUAAUUCACAAAUAGAAAAAGAUUUUAUGUCUAAUCUAAUAAAGAAUUAUAAAUUUACAAAAAUGAAUAAAAUUCAUAAACCUAAAAUGUUAAAUUUUCAUUAAAUAAAUAGAUAAAAAUUGUAUAACAAGAUUAAAAUAUAUCCUAAUAAUUCAAAAGAAGUAGAUACAUCUCUUUAUAGAUGUCUAGAACACAAUGUUAAUUAUCAAUAAAUGGAACAUAAAGUAUUGUAACAAGCAGAGAUGUUACACCAAAAAAAAAAUGA